CCGGAAGUAGUUAUCCAUGAGCAGCAGUUAGCUGUGCUGGUGUGUUAUGGUUCAGGAAUAGCGGUAAAACACUCACAAAGAAAAUGUCAGCACAAACGAUAACUGUGACGGUCGCAUACGGCUCAGUCAAGCACAGCAUCACAGUAACAAGCCAGGAUGAUGGGAAGAGCCCCACUGUUAAAGACCUGUCAGAUGCUCUCUGUCAAGCUACCGGUGUUCCUCCCACGUCACAGAAACUCAUAUUUAAAGGAAAGUCGCUUAAGGACAUGGAGGAGAAUCUCUCCAUCUAUGGAAUAAAAGAAGGAUGCAAACUCAUGAUGAUUGGCAAGCGUAACAGUCCAGAGGAAGAAGCUGAACUCAAGAAGCUGAAAGAAAUUGAAAAAUCAUUGGAGCAGACGGCUAAAAAGCUGGAGAUGGUAGACGGAGAGUUAACGGGACUGAAAAAUGGUUUCCUAGCGAAAGAUCUCCAGGCAGAGGCAUUGAGUAAACUGGACCAUAGAGUGAAAGUAGCAGCUGAGCAGUUCAUGAAGAUCCUGGAGCAGAUAGAUGCCAUGAAUAUCCCAGAAAACUUUAAUGACUGCAGGAUGAAGAAAAAGGGACUCGUAAAGACUGUGCAGGAUUUCCUUGCCCAGUGCGACAGAAUCGAAGCUUGUAUAUCAGACCAUCUAUCAAAGAUCCAGUCAAAAAACCUGGCUCUGGCAGAAUAGUCAAGUCUCCUAUACUGUGUUGCUCUGUGAGCAAUAGCAAAGUAUAAAGAGGGCUUCAGAUGUGAAGCCUUAAAGUCUGUAUUUAUUGAUGGUGUUGUGUAGAGGAGGAUCUUAGGAAAUGAAAGACCUACUUGGACUGAUGCUGGGCUCAACACAACAGUUUCCUGUGUCAAAGACAAACAGUUUGAUUCACAGUCCGGCAUAAAUGUGCAAACACUCAAUGUGGAUCAAUGUCCUUGGACUUGACAUAUGCCAUCAAAAUAUUCAAAAAUUAAUGCAAAUGUCAAACAAAGGUUUCUUCUCUGGUGUGACACACUAUUUAUCCUUAUUAUGUUUUGUUAUGCAGUUUAUAUGAACAUGGAAAACCCAACUUCAUUACCAAGGUUGGUUUUUAAAACAAUAAAGAAAAAGGUGUAAAAGCAAAUUACAUUAUUAUAGUAAUGAUUGUUAUUUCUCUGUGUACUGUGCUCUUACAUGAAUCACAACUUUCUAUAUUAUGAAAAUAAUUAAACAUAAUUUUAAAUAUUGCAGCCCCAAGAGUUGUGGGACAGUAGUGUAUCCUCUAUUCUCAUAAUAGAUUACCCAGGGUUUCUGCGCUAAAGGAGAUAAAAGACGCACAGAAUAUAAUUUCCAUUGAGAAAAUGUGUCCUGUACUUCAAUGUCAUUUUUACUCAUGAAGUUUAUGGAGCAAGUCACUACCAGACCAAACGUUUCUGUGCAGGCCAGCAUAAACCAGGGAGGUAGAUGUAACAAUUAAACACAGUGACAUCUUUAAAGCAAAGCAAAGCUUUAAAGAUGUCACUGUUUUUAAUUGAUUUUGUUUGUUAGCACAGCAAUGAAGGGACUUAUUUUAAGUAAAUAUCUUGUUUGCUUCAUACAGGAACUGAAGCACUACUUCAUGUUUGUUUACUUGCUGUAUUUUCACCCUCUGUAUUCUUCAUGAUAGCAGAAGGAAAAUAUGUCAAGCAUUUCUUUUGCUAUAACUGUCAUUUAUAGGCAAAUAUUGAAUACAUUCGAAUGAUUGAUAAAUUAUCUCUUCUCAACCUAGCACAUACCAGAAUAAUAGUCCAGUGGAAGAAACUGCAUGACAAAAAAAAGGGAUUUCUAUCCUCCAGUCUAAGCCCAUAUAAUGUGUUACUCUACAAUUAAAAAAUCUUCAACAAAAGACCAAUAGUUUUUGUUGAAUAUAAUGUCUGAUCCUGUGUAAUCGUGUCUUUGAAACUACAGUGAAAUGUGAAAUUGUAGUUGCCUGAAAAAUACACUUAUACUGAUAAAUCCAUUACUUUUUGAUUUUAAAAUAAACUUUUUUUUUUUGGAAAAAAAAAAACAACAAUUAACUGGUGAUUCAUGAAAGAAAAUGUUCCAAAAUUUGUAACUUUCCUUCAAAAUACAACUGAUUCAUUCACAGUAAAACAUCUUGUAUCAGUUUAUUUCCAGCUUUAUCCAUAAUGGUCUUUUCAUACAUCUCUACAAGCUUAACACAGACCCUGAAGUGUUGUCACGGAUGUGCAAAUGAGCUUUGAAAAUGAGGGUUUGGAGAGGGGAGUGGGGGGGGACCCAGAGGUCCAGAGAGCAGCUUAA